UGGACUUCAGUAGCUUCACAAACGCUAGUAUUCAGAUAUUAUAUUUCACUGUGAAUUAUUGAAGUCUUUAAGUUGUUUAUCCUAUUUAUGAGGACAACAGUGAUUUUGUAUAGCACUGCAAUAGAAGACCCAAGUCUUAGAAUGGCAAAACCCGGCAUAUCUCACAAUUUCUACGUAAAAACUUCUGAUCUUGUACGCACAAUUCAAGAAAACCAUGAAAACAAAGAUUUUCAUAUUAAUCUUCUGAUCCAGCGUAUGGAUGAAGUUUUUCAGUCUCCCUUGUCGCCGCCACAUACCAUUUGCAUGCUGCCAAGAAAGAUACCCAGUUCCUUUGUAGAGGACAGUUGCAAAGACAAUGUGAGAGUGAAGGGCAUCUUAAUUGUUGCAGCUAUUGUAGAACGCUUUGAUAUGAUCCUCCUCUUUAGAAAGGGUAGUUGGAAUCUUGUUAAGAAAAUGUAUGUAUUGGCUAAAUCCUUUUAUCAGCUCAAGGAUUACCCAAUUCUUAAUCAGAUGCCCGUAGAUGCAGAUCCGGUGUUGUCUACGAUUGUGGAUGCAUCAUUUGAAUGUUUUCUUCAGAAAGAAGAGAAGAAAUAUGAGCAGCUUGUAAUGAAUCCUACCAAGUAUAAGAAAAGUGUUGUAAGGCAUCGCAAACUGGUGAAGGAAGCAUACAACGAUUUGGGUACACAAAUGCUUGUAUACAUUUUACGUUUCCAACAACAAUUGCUUUCUGAUACCGCCAGAAAAAGUCUUCAGCAAGUAGAAGUUAAAGAAGAAAAAACAGAGAAAGAGAUUAUUGAAAAAAUAAUGGAAGAAGAACAAGAACGAGAGAUAAAGGUUAAAAAAAUAAUUAAACAGUUGAAAUUGGAUGAAAGCAAAGGGAAUAAGGUGGCUGUGAUCAUACAAGGUGAUAGUGGAGAGAGCAAGACAGAUUUGGCAGCAGACAUCUAUGGUCGUUUGGAAGUGGAGCUCGAUUUUGAAGGUUGGAAGUUGUGCAAGAAAAUUUUCAACAAGGAUAUGGAAUUUAACCCAAAUGUAUCUGAGUUGCAUUCUGAGAUUGUAAAUCUCUUUUCAGUGGGAAGAAAGAAGGGAAAAAAUGGGGAAAGAAUCCAGAUUACAAAAAAUGAAUCUGCCUUCCUAUGGAUUGACAAUAUUCUCCGAGCAGGGGAUGUCAGAAAGAUGUUCGAUAUGGAUUUCAGAAGUAGAAACACAGUCAGGUUGCUUGUGACAUCUCCCAACAAGAGUGUGGAGUCAACACUUAAGGAGAGUGGGUUUACAUGUAAAAAGCAUGAAAUAGAAGGUGCUCGAGACACUCAGAUUAUCUCAGAGCGUAGCUAUGCUCCAUUGCUUCAGGAGAUGGUCAGUGAAUACCUCAACAGACGCAAACAGGCAAAUAAGGACACCAGAAAGAAAGUUUCUGGAUGGGUUGACGAAGAAAAUCUUGUCAAGACGGGUUUCAAAUUUGCCCUUGAAAAUGCAUUUCUGAAUCUUUCAGCCCCGGCUCAAGAUGCAUUUCUUGAUAUUUGUGCUUUCUUUGUGGGAUGGGAUUGGGAUGAAAUUCCCUUCAUCGUUGGAAAGACAGAGGUUGAAACACUACACGAAAAUGCAUGGGUGACAAAGAGUCAUAACAAUAAGAUAGCCGUUCCGGGCGUCCUCUGUGAAUGGGGUCUCUCACGAACAAAAGGAGUAAGAUUAACCAAACGAGAUGAGCUCAAAAAGGCUUUGGAUAGCAACCAGAAGAUCAAAGGGAUUUUUUUACCCAAUGAUAAAGAGGAACUUCAGCUACCGGUUGAUAAGCUAUAUCUUAUGGAGACUCUCAGAGUUCUUUCAUCGAAAAGCUCCAUAUCUGUUGUUGAUAAGGAUAAGCACAAUAAGUCAUUUCAGAGAUUGAGAUUUUUACACGUGGGUAGAUCUUCAAAGAAUCUUCCCUUCCAGUUAGACCAGCUUCGGAACUUGAAUUAUUUCAGCUCUGAUCAAGAUGUGGAUUUUAAUCCCUCGCAGUUGCCUCCAAAAUUGAAAGUUGUAAAACUGUGUGGAGAUGCACUCUUCAGAUCCAACGAGGAAAAGGAAUGGAAAAUAGAUAACCUGAGAGUGCUAAAGCUCAAGAAUUUUCAAAAAUUAGGUGUACCUGACCCCAAGAUAUUCAGAACUUGUGAAGGACUAAAAGAGUUGUGCAUGAGUACAUGCAGUAUAGUGGAACUCCCUGAAAGUUUGACUCAGUUGUAUGCUCUCCGAAAGUUGGACCUGCACGACUGUAAGUACCUCCGAAAAUUGCCCAAAUCAUUUGGUACCAUUAUAAAUUUGGUGAAGCUGGAUUUAGGUUAUUGUUCAUCAUUGAGACAUCUUCCAGAAUCAUUUGGGCAGCUGGAAUCUUUAGAAGAAUUGGUAUUGAGUUAUUGUUCAGCAUUAAAACAACUCCCUGAAAGCUUUGUGUGUUUGGGUAAACUGAAGAAAGUCACAUUCUCACAUUGUCAAAAUAUGCAGAAGCUUCCUGACAAGUUUGAACUGUUGAGUUCUCUUGAAGAUGUUGACCUCUCAUAUUGCAAGAAUUUGAAACUGCUUGUUGCGAAUUUUGAGAUGCUUUCCUUGUUGCAGCUACUCAACUUAAGAGGCUGCAGCAAGCUACAGAAACUUCCAGAUAACUUUCCUCAAACCCUGUCGAAGCCAAAAUUGGUCGCCAUUAGAUUGUCAGGAUGCUCAAGCUUGACAGAACUGCCGGAUGAAUUUUGCCAGGGUAACAUGAUUGAAGAUCUAUCACUAGCUCAUUGCACCAUUUUACCUCGGCUUCCCUCUCAAAUUAAUCAAUUGAAGUGGCUUAGAAAAUUGAAUUUGUCAGGUUGUGAAAAAUUGCGUGAGCUUCCAAAGAGCUUUAAUCAGCUGACAUGUCUUGAAGUAUUAAAUCUAAGAUCCUGCCACAAAUUGAGAAAUUUGUGUAAUCGAUUCAGUCGCCUUAAGGCGUUAAGAGAUCUAAACCUUUCUGACUGUCCUGUUCUGGAGGGCAAGUGGAUGAAGACAUUGGAAAGAAAUAUGAGCUUGAGAAUUGUAGACAUUAAAGGAAGUCCACAGCUGCAAGAUCAAUGGGCAAGAUGGAGAAUUAAGCUUUGCCGUUUUUCUGUGCUAACAGGAAAGGAGAGAAUGCCCGCCAACUCAAUAGAGAAGAUUUUGAACAGGACAACAGAAAAACUUUUCAGAGGCAAAGCGGUUCUGAUUAACAAGAAAGGGAAGCCGUUCUCCUCAAGAGAAAUCUCAGAAGGCAGUACCCUUGCACUGAUUUUUGAUCAUAACAUUUCACGAUGGGAUCGAGAAAUGCUGGAAAACAAUGUUGAUGAGCUCCUAACAAAUUUGACAGCCAUGAAAGUCAUUUAUGUUGGGAAAUCUUUCAGUGCAAUCCCAACAAAACUAGUAGACCAAGUUAUUGCCUAUACACCUGACCAUUCUGAAGCCCUCUCUUUAUUUGAUAAACCCUUAGCAGAAACUGCAGGCCCUGAGUUUUGGGACCUCAGAACUUAUAUAAUUAAGACAGUGGUUGAUCAUAAGGACGCAGCAGGCUGUAUGUUCUUGAAAGGAUGGGAGAGUAUAUCAGGUAUGUUACUGGGGGAAAGUUUCAACAUUCAAGACUACCACGAACUUGAAAAAAUGAUUGCACUAGCCACUCCAGAAAAUGAAAAAGCCACUCCAGAAAAUGAAAAAGAAAAUGAAAAAGCCACUCCAGAAAAAGAGAAAGAAAAAGAAAAUAACAAUAAAAAAUUGCUGCAGCUGUUGUUUAGGGAGAAAGAGACAGAGUUCAUGUCCAGAAUGACUAAUCCGCCACAGGAGAAGACGAUCGAGAAGAUGGUCUUCCUACUUAUUUCAACACUGGAGAUAUCUAAACCCCAAAUCUCAUACUUAGAUAAAAUGUUCAAAGAGAUGCAAGACACUUUUACAAAGCAUGGCUUUGAAGUUGAAUGGAUCUGGGUUCCAGUCACAAUUUCUGUUAAGGAUCUGUUAGAACAAACUUAUGAGAAUCUAAAACAAGCCAUGCAAUGGGUAGGGACUACAGAGCCAUAUUUGAUGGAUCAGUCAACUACUAUCUCAGUUUUUUUCAGGGAAAGAAUGGGGUUCUGUGAAACACCUAUGCUUUUGUGCUUGGCUCCUUUGCGUCUUUUCUCUGCCACAGAUGUGAUGCUCAAGGUAGCCACAUUGGGGCCAGAAGCAUGGAUAUUUCUCAAUGAUGUCCAAUCCUCCGGGGAAGCCUACUGUUCAAAUAAACUGAGCGAAAUACAGAGUUCAUCCCACCUGUACUUUCUCUUUACAAAUUUCAUGGAGGUCAGUGAGAAAGAUCUGAGCAGUUUUAACAUGAUCUGGCUAUAUGGCGGAGAUCCGGAGAAGAUUUCAGAAUUCAAGUGCAAGUUAAGCCAUGUAACAGAACAAAUGGGCAAAGAUCACUACCGAAUCGCGAUAAUCCAUGUGGGCAGGAGGAGCUUUCUGUCCCAUAUUAACAAUGAAGAAGAAGAAGAACCACCAGUGCAUCAACAGAAGUUAGAGAACAUUAAUGACAUUGCCUGGUUGAGCCUGACCAUUAGGAAUGUGAAAAGAUUCUGGCACUACAUACAUUAUCUGUUAUAUCUGAUAGCAUCUAAAACGGAAGAGAAGGACAAAAAACUAGGGAUUCUUCAGAGACAAAAAUUAGAGGAAGAGAAGGAUGAGAUAGAGUCUAAAAAGGAAGAGAAGGAGAAUGAGAUAGCAAUUAAAAAGGAAGAGAAGGACGAGAUAGCAACUAAAAAGCAAGAGAAGGAUGAAAAACCAGGGAGCCUUCAGAGACUAAUGCUAGCUCUUCUGUCUCUUGAUUGCCUAUCCAGAAGAAAUGGUACCGUUUGGAUGAUGGCAAUUGAUGGAGCUCAUAAUGAAAACUUCACAGGGAAAGGAAAAGAUCUAGUGGACACGUUAGACAGUAAUAUCGACAAACAUAUAAAUUCAAGGAUAAAACUAAGAAAUGGGGCAGGGGAAGUGUAUUCAAGUAAAACUGAAGGGGAACCUUUGAUAAAGUUGAUCCAGAGUAAGCAUGAAGUGGAAGAUAAGCAAAUAUUUGAAGAUGCACCCUGGUUGAGGGCACAUCCAUCAUCACACCUUGUGGAACAAAUCUCAGCCAACAUGCAUUGCACCAUGUGCUGUGUUGAAGACCCUGCCUAUCAUUGUGAUAUGUGUGGAUGUUUCAGUAUAUGCCAAAAAUGUUAUAUAUCGGAAUUCAUAGUAAGGAGCAAAGAGGAUAGGGGAGAGCAAAUAAAAUUGAGGUAGCCCAGUAUAGCAGUCAGCCAUCAUCCCAUAUUAGUUUUCUGUAAUACUCACGAACUCCUCCACUUCCAAACUGUUUCAUUUGCAAACUCCUCCCCUUCUACCUUCCCAUCUGUUGACCAAAGUCAUGCCUUGGAUGAACUACUGAUCUUUUUCACACAUUUCUCAUAAACGUGGAGAAACUUGAAAUUUUUUAGCUGUUAAAUGCAGUAUCAUCUGCUCUUUUCCAAACUCUGUCCCAAGAAAACCAACCUCUAGUUCUGGGAUAAGUGGGUCUGGCACAUGUUUUAAUCAACUGAUGCAAGUCUGGUGAAAGUCAGAGAAGGUGUUUCUGUUGGUGAUCACGGCAUUAUUUUGUCCAUGGGAGAACACCAUUUGUUCUGUGGUCGUUCAAAUGAUGCACAAAUUACCUACCCUACGUCUCCUUUCAUUGUGUUCAACUGUUAAACUGUUAAAUUGGUUUAACAACUGUAAUAGUUUUCUAUUUUGAUAGUAGCUUUUGUAGUUCAGGAUGGUUUCUUCUUAAAUUCCUGGAAAACAUUUACCAUGGAUUGCAUAAGAAUUGCUCUGUCUGGAUCAAACUAUUUUUUUCCGGAAACACUUAAACACAGUUCUAUGUAUUAAUCGUAUAAAAACAAAUAAUUUUUUUAAAAAA